AUGCGUUCUCCAAACUCUGUUCUUUCCGUCAGAAACAUUGGUUCUCAACUUUUUCCCAAGAAGUUAGAUUAUUUUCUUGAUUCCUAUAGGCAAGCUACAAAUAUUCCUUAUGGAUACCUUUUAAUUGAUAUGCAUGCUUCUUCAGAUCCAACAUUACGUUUGCGUACUAAUAUUUUUAAAGACGACAACGAAAAAAUAAUUUUCAUUCCUAAAAAUGGGGUCUAA